GAGUUUUCUCCCUUUCAUCAUGGCUGGGUAUAUACAAUACGAGUCCCAGCCUCUGAUUGAUUUCUGUGACAGUCGACUUGGAACCACCGUCAUCUCUGAUAAAAUAUCAUCAGACGGAUACGAAGUGGACAACCUGAUUUCGGUUGAAUUCUGGAAAAAACAAAAUGGUUUCAUGUCAGAACGGUUCAUCAAGCCUCCGAUUAAUCUGACGUUUCAUUUUCCGUGUCCGAUUUCAAUAUGGCGGAUCAUUGUUGAUCCGGUAGUUGGUUCCCAGAAAUCAUCUUCUAUCGGAAUUCAUCUAAAGGGUCACAGAGCAUUAAUGGAUCUCGGUAAAUUGGACAUGUCACAGCCUGCUAAAAUUUGCUUUCAUGAUCCCAAAUAUGUACCAUCGACUUCCGCUUCAAGACUUCUGGAUCUAAAUUGUUUUAAAUAUUGUGGGCAAUUACGUCAUAUCCGUCAACUGUAUAACGCCAGUCAUAUAACUGUAAAGAUUUGUCAAACUCUGAGUGGCUCAGUAGGAGCAGUGAAGUCGGUGGAGAUCUGGGGCCAGCCUACAAAAUGGUGUAAUAAGGAACUUGUCAGGAAGGUCUAUGAGAGAUAUAAAUGUGGUGUUGGUGUAUCACGGAACUCGCAUUACCAAUCUCAAGUGGGUAGAGUACCACAAAAUAUUGAUAUUCCAGACGAGUUUUUAGAUCCAUUGUCAUGUGACAUUAUGACCAUUCCUAUGUUACUUCCGAGUGGACGCAACGUAGACAAAUCUUCACUAGACAAAUUUAUAGACAUCGAGGCGUCGUGGGGAAGACAACCAAGUGAUCCGUUCACCGGUGUUGCAUUUACGGCGAAAUCUUUCCCAAUACCAAAUGAUGCAUUGAAAGGUCGCAUCGAUCAUUUUCUGAUCUCUAACGAAUCGUCCGGCGACAUCCAGACUUUGCCCCGAACUGUGUCAACU